AUGUGCUCCUCCUCACUCUCCUCCUGCUCCUCCUCCUCACUCUCCUCCUCACUCUACUCCUGCUCCUCCUCCUCACUCUCCUCCUCACUCUCCUGCUCCUCCUCCUCACUCUCCUCCUCACUCUCCUGCUCCUCCUCCUCACUCUCCUCCUGCUCCUCCUCCUGCUCCUCCUCCUCACUGUCCUCCUCCUCCUCACAGACCUCCUUCUGUCUCGAUUUGAGUUUCUGUUGUUUCUGUAAAGUCUGCUCUGAGACUGAACAGGACAGAGCUGAGGAGGAGGAGGAGGAGGAGGUGUGUGAGGAGGAGGAGGAGGAGGAGGAGGAGGAGGUGUGUGAGGAGGAGGAGGAGGAGGUGUGUGAGGAGGAGGAGGAGGAGGAGGUGUGUGAGGAGGAGGAGGAGCAGCUGCUCAGAGACCUGGCCUCAUCACUCACCUCCUCCUCACACACCUCCUCCUCACACACCUCCUCCUCAUCACUCACCUCCUCCUCAUCACUCACCUCCUCCUCCUCACUCACCUCCUCCUCAUCACACACCUCCUCCUCAUCACUCACCUCCUCCUCCUCACUCACCUCCUCCUCAUCACACACCUCCUCCUCACUCACCUCCUCCUCCUCACACACCUCCUCCUCACUCACCUCCUCCUCCUCACACACCUCCUCCUCACUCACCUCCUCCUCCUCACACACCUCCUCACUCACACACCUCCUCCUCACUCACACACCUCCUCCUCACUCACCUCCUCCUAAUCACUCACCUCCUCCUCCUCACACACCUCCUCCUCACUCACCUCCUCCUCAUCACACACCUCCUCCUCACUCACCUCCUCCUCCUCACACACCUCCUCCUCACUCACCUCCUCCUCCUCACACACCUCCUCCUCCUCACUCACCUCCUCCUCCUCACACACCUCCUCCUCCUCACUCACCUCCUCCUCAUCACACACCUCCUCCUCACUCACCUCCUCCUCCUCACACACCUCCUCCUCCUCACACACCUCCUCCUCACUCACCUCCUCCUCCUCACUCACCUCCUCCUCAUCACACACCUCCUCCUCACUCACCUCCUCCUCCUCAUCCACUCCACCUCCUCCUCCUCACUCACCUCCUCCUCCUCACUCACCUCCUCCUCACUCACCUCCUCCUCCUCACUCUCACCUCCUCCUCACUCACCUCCUCCUCCUCACACACACCUCCUCCUCACUCACCUCCUCCUCCUCACCUCCUCCUCCUCACACACACUCCUCCUCCUCACUCACCUCCCCUCCUCCUCACACACCUCCCUCCCUCACCACCUCCUCACACACCUCCUCCUCACUCACCUCCUCCUCCUCACCUCCUCACACACACACCUCUCCUCACUCACCUCCUCCUCACACACCUCCUCCACACCCUCCUCCUCACCACCUCCUCACACACCUCCUCCUCACUCACCUCCUCCUCACUCACACACCUCCUCUUCCUCACUCACCUCCUCCUCACACACCUCCUCCUCGUCAUCACACACCUCCUCCUCCUCCUCACCCCUCCUCACACACCUCCUCCUCCUCACACACCUCCUCCUCACUCACCUCCUCCUCACUCACACACACCUCCUCUUCCUCACUCACCUCCUCCUCACACACCUCCUCCUCCUCGCUCACCUCCUCCUCACCCCUCCUCACACACCUCCUCCUCCUCACACACCUCCUCCUCACUCACCUCCUCCUCACACACCUCCUCCUCCUCCUCACACACCUCCUCACACACCUCCUCCUCACUUACCUCCUCCUCACUCACACACCUCCUCUUCCUCACUCACCUCCUCCUCACACACCUCCUCCUCGUCAUCACACACACCUCCUCCUCCUCCUCACCCCUCCUCACACACCUCCUCCUCCUCACACACCUCCUCCUCCUCCUCCUCCUCCUCACCCCUCCUCACACACCUCCUCCUCCUCACACACCUCCUCCUCACUCACCUCCUCCUCACACACCUCCUCCUCCUCACACACCUCCUCACACACCUCCUCCUCACACACCUCCUCCUCACUCUCCUCCUCCUCACACACCUCCUCCUCACUCACCUCACAUAAUCACACACCUCCUCCUCACUCACACACCUCCUCCUCCUCACUCCUCCACACACCUCCUCACACCUCCUCCUCCUCACACACCUCCUCUUCCUCACUCACCUCCUCCUCACACACCUCCACCUCCUCCUCACUCACCUCCUCACACACCUCCUCCUCCUCACACACACCACCCUCAUCCUCCUCACACACCUCCUCCUCACACACCUCCUCCUCACACCUCCUCCUCACACACCUCCUCCUCCUCACACACCUCCUCCUCACUCACCUCCUCCUCACUCACACACCUCCUCUUCCUCACUCACCUCCUCCUCACUCACCUCCUCCUCCUCCUCACUCACCUCACCUCCUCCUGCUCCUCCUCACUCACACACCUUCUCCUCCUCACUCACACCUCCUCCUCACUCACCUUCUCCUGCUCCUCCUCCUCACAGACCUCCUCCUCCUCACUCACCUCCUCCUCAAUCACACACCUCCUCCUCACUCACACACCUCCUCCUCACACACCUCCUCACACCUCCUCCUCCUCACACACCCUCCUCUUCCUCACUCACCUCCUCCUCACACACCUCCUCCUCCUCACAUCACUCCUCACACACUCCUCACGUAUCACACACUCUUUUUUUUUUUGUUUUUACAACAACACAACACCUCCUCCCUCCUCGCACUCAUCGGUCAACACACUUCCUCCUCAAUCACGCGCCGCAACUCCAUCACACCGACCUCUCACCUUCCCUCACCGAAUCCGCCCCCCUCACACACUCCUAUUCCUCACUCACUCCUCACAACCCAAACAAACGACAAAAAACCCCUCCUCCUUCCACCUCCUCCUCUCCAUCGACUCACCUCCUCCCACAAAACAAACUCUCCUCCUCCUACACACACCUCCCAGAGGAACCUCCUCCUCUUGUAUACCUCUUCCUUCCUCCUCACACAUCCGCCUCACUCACACCUGA